AUGUCGGUCUCAGGCUCUUCAGAAGCCUCCUCUUCUCGAUCUCACUCUGGAUCAUCAUCGCCCUCUGCUUCUCGUUCACCUUCACCCUCGCCUGUACUGGAAGGAGAAGUAGACGAAGAUGCCGAAUUUGACCCUUCUGCGCCUGAACCAUCGGCAUCCAAUAAGUCUUUCGCCGAUCUUGGCAUCUCAUCCCAACUAUGCGACGCUUGUAGAUCAUUGGGGUUCAAGAAACCGACUGAUAUUCAAAUCGAGUCUAUUCCACCCGCGUUGGAAGGCAGAGAUAUCAUCGGAUUAGCUCAGACUGGUUCGGGUAAAACUGCAGCUUUCAGUUUACCAAUCUUACAAAAUCUAUGGGAGAAUCCUCAACCCUUCUUCGCCCUCAUAAUGGCUCCCACUCGUGAAUUGGCCUACCAAAUAUCGCAGCAAGUUAGCUCCUUAGGUUCUGGAAUAGGUGUAAGGACAGCUGUUAUUGUCGGUGGAAUGGAUAUGAUGUCUCAAUCCAUCGCAUUGUCGAAAAGACCCCAUGUGAUAGUAGCCACUCCAGGUAGAUUGAUGGAUCAUUUGGAAAAUACAAAAGGCUUCUCGUUAAAAUCACUGAAAUAUCUCGUAAUGGACGAAGCGGAUAGAUUACUUGACAUGGAUUUCGGACCUAUAAUCGAUAAAAUCCUAAAAGUGAUACCAAAAGAACGUAACACAUAUUUAUUCUCCGCUACAAUGACUACGAAAGUAGCUAAAUUACAAAGAGCAAGUUUGAAUAAACCUAUCAGAGUUGAAGUCUCUUCGAAGUAUUCAACAGUAUCAACCUUGUUACAACAUUACCUACUUCUUCCUCUAAAACUCAAAGAUCCUCAUUUGCUCUACUUGACCAACGAGUUAUCAUCUUCUUCAAUGAUUAUAUUCACGAGAACAGUCAACGAUGCACAGAGACUUUCUAUCAUCUUGCGUAGACUUGGUUUCCCGGCUAUACCGCUUCAUGGUCAAAUGUCACAAUCUAUGAGAUUGGCAAGUCUGAAUAAAUUCAAAUCGGGUGGUAGGAGUAUUUUGGUAGCUACGGAUGUUGCAAGUAGAGGUUUGGAUAUACCUUUAGUUGAUUUGGUAAUUAACUAUGACAUGCCAACCAAUUCUAAAGAUUAUGUACACAGAGUUGGUCGUACAGCAAGAGCCGGUAGAUCAGGUAAAUCAAUAACUCUAGUAACACAAUACGAUGUCGAAAUCCUACAAAGAAUCGAAUCGCAUAUUGGUAAAAAAAUGGAAGCGUUCAAUGUAGACAAAGAAGCAGUGAACGUUUUAGUUGAUACAGUCGCAAGGGCAAGCAGAGAAGCUGCUUUGGAAAUGAGAGAAUCAGGAACAGGUGGUUCUGGUGGUAAAAGGGGCAGAGAUAAAGGUUUCACCAAAAGGAAAUUCGGUGAUAAUGGUGAUCAUGGGGAUGAUAGAGAUAGAGAUGAUGAUUCUGUUCAGGCAGGGGGUUAUCCAAGAAAAGCAGGUAAUGGUAAACCUAAUAAGUUUAGCGGUGGUCCAGGUGGUGCCAAAAAGAAAGUCAGACGGUAG